UCCACACUGUCAACUUUGUUUAUUUUGAUGCCUCCUGUCUGAUUCAGAUCGUCGUGGUGUCGGGGAGUCAGUGUCUGUGGCAACUCCACCGCUUUUAAAAUCAAAGCACUUAUAGUUUGAGGGUUGGUUUUUUUUUGGAGGGUGUGACAUUUCAGGAGCAUGGCCGAGGGUCCAGAGGCUGAUGUUGACGACCCGCCUGGUAACAGUGUCCCACCGCUCAUCACUGUUUCUGAUCUGCCCAGUGCCACUGCUGCAGGCCGAAACUUAAAGGAAUGGCUGCAGGAGCAGUUCUGUGACAAGCCUCUGGAGCAGGAUGACAUGCGGCUCCACAAUGCGGCCUACGUCGGAGAUCUGGACACCCUGAGGAACCUGCUGCAGGAAGACAGCUUCAAACAGCGUAUCAAUGAGAAGUCUGUGUGGUGCUGCGGCUGUCUGCCCUGCACCCCUCUGCGGAUUGCAGCCACAGCAGGGCACGCUCCCUGCGUUGCCUAUCUGAUCGCCCAGGGAGCCGAGGUGGACCUAGUUGAUGUAAAAGGCCAAACGGCUCUCUACGUAGCUGUGGUUAACGGUCACCUGGAAUGUGUCCGGAUCCUCCUUGAAGCCGGAGCUGACCCCAAUGGAAGCCGCCACCACCGUAGUACCCCGCUGUACCACGCUGCACGGGUGGGACGGCUGGACGUACUGCAGGAGCUCAUUAGGUUCAAAGCUGAUGUUGACAUGGACCACCAGCUGGGUCCCCGGCUCCUCUUAAGUGCCCGCACUCUCAACACAUUAGUGGUGUGUCCUCUCUACAUCAGUGCUGCCUAUCACCACCUCCACUGCUUUCGGGUGCUGCUCCAGGCUGGUGCUCAGCCUGACUUCAACUACACGGGACCAGUUUGCCACGAAGCUCUGACCCGCGGCCUGGCCUCCUGCCUGCUGGAUGCAGUUCUGCGACAUGGAUGUGAGGUGGGAUUCAUCCGCCUGCUGCUGGACCACGGGGCUAACCCGGCCCUCGUGCCCUGGGAAUCAGAGCUUGAGGCUCCUAACCGGAGGAAGGUGGAUCCAGAGGCACUCAGGGUCUUCCUGGAGGCGAGGAGAAUCCCUCGUAGGCUGACGCACCUGUGUCGGAUCAGGAUCCGUAGAGCAAUGGGCAAAAGCCGUCUAAACAACAUACCAUCAUUACCACUGCCACAACCCAUCAAGAACUUCCUGCUUCACGAAAACUGACAUGCCCCUCCUCUUCUUCAAAGCUAUUCCAACCCAAACCUUAAAAAAACACCAUUGUCAAUCUCAAAGACAAGCCAUAGGAUACAGAUCCCAGUUCACUAAAUGCUUAUUAUUUUCUAAUUAUACACAGUUAAUAACGUUUUUUUUUCCAAAUAUUUUGAAGAUCACAGAUAUGUAACACUCUACCUAUUACUAUAAUAAUAUUGAACUUAUCAGAGCAAGCUUAAUAUGUCCUGACUUGUGGUAACUGUAGGUGUAUUGUACAUGUUAGUAAUCCCCUCACUCUGGCUUAACAAGUGGCAAAAUGUGCAGCAGCCAACUCAGUAUGUUUAAUACUGUAGAUCACCUACAUUACAAGUGAUCAAUAAUAUUAAAAAGAAAAGUGAAAGAAUGAAAAGCAAAAUCAAUUCAAGGUCCUGGAUCCUAACUGAAAAUUGUGUAGAUGGAGAAAAGUUCACAUGUUUAAUGUCUAAUCAGUGAUUUAUGUGUCUGUGUCAUAAAAUGAUGAGGGAGAUAUGUAACACGUAAAUUUAGCACUGAAUAAGCACAUUUUACUAAACUUCAGAUGACAGUGAUAUCGGUUUAUUUAUUAUGCAGAAAGCUGCUGUGAGUCUAUGGAGUUAAUGUCUACUGUGCCUGUGUGCUCCUCAGCUUCUUCUUUUUUUCUCUCUAUCUCUCUCUCAUACAUUUUUACUGUUCAAUGCAUUAUGUCAUUGUACUUUGCUUUGUAUAUCUCUUUAUUUGCAUACAGUAAAUGUGCAAUAAUCCU